AACAUUCACUCUAAUUGUGAAAUCUUCAAACUACAAUCAUGUCACUUUACCACUAUUUCCGUCCAGCUCAACGUUCUGUUUUUGGUGAUCUCAUGAGAGAUAUGGCUCAGAUGGAACGUCAAUUUACUCCAGUUUGCAGAGGCUCUCCAUCUGAAUCUUCUGAGAUUGUUAACAAUGAUCAAAAGUUUGCCAUAAAUCUCAAUGUCUCGCAGUUCAAGCCAGAAGAUUUGAAAAUUAAUUUGGAUGGACAUACAUUAUCAAUUCAAGGAGAACAAGAAUUAAAGACUGAACAUGGAUAUUCAAAGAAAUCAUUUUCUCGUGUUAUUCUUCUACCCGAAGAUGUUGAUGUUGGUGCAGUUGCUUCAAAUCUUUCAGAAGAUGGAAAACUUUCAAUUGAAGCACCAAAGAAGGAAGCGAUUCAAGGAAGAUCUAUUCCAAUUCAGCAAGCGCCCGUUGAACAAAAAACUUCUGAAUAA